UCUGACUCGUUUCAUAUAUGUUUUGAAAAACUAACGUUAAUACGCCACGGUCUCUGGAUGGAAAAUGUUGGCCCUUGUUCUUCUAAUAAUCGCCAGUUGCUUGGCCAUUCAAACGGAAGCCACUACGACAGCAAGUCCAGCCGUCACCGAAGCUGGCAAUGCAGCCCCUGGAGGAUCGGAUAAUAAAGCGGAGCCAGGAAAGAACUCAUUUGAAACAGCGAACUACUGCGAUCCCUCGUUGUGCCACAAAGACCUCCAACAUGUGGCUUGCAAUGAAACAACCGAACUGCACGACCAUUGCUCUCUGGACGCUGAGAUCAUAAAAAUAAGCCCAAAGGUGCAAAGAUUUCUAAUGAGGCGUUUCAAUGAGUUGAGGGAUAGCGUGGCCAAGGGAGGGUUCAACGGACUGAGUCCUGCCAGCCGGAUGGGCACCUUGAAGUGGAAUCCGGAACUGGCCUACCUAGCUGAGUUCAACGUGAAGGAUUGUGUCCUGAGACACGACGAGUGCCGGAACACGAACUUCACACAAAACGCUGGCCAGACGAUUGGGUAUCGAGGCAUUAGGGGAAAAGUCCCAGAGUUGGAAGACAUCCUUAGGGACAUCAUAGGGGUGUGGAUGCGGGAGAACGCCGGAACUUCGGUGGAGCACAUCAUGAAGUAUACCGAGCCAGAAAAUGGGUCGCCGAAAUACAACUUCGUACAGAUCGUGUUGGAGAACGCUGAAUUUGUGGGCUGUGCCAUCGUUCAGCAGUCCAGGUACGGUUGGUUUCAGACGUUCUUCACAUGCAACUACGCCCACGCCCCGGUGGAGGGAUCGCCGGUCUACGAGUCCGGGCAACAGGCGGCGCAGUCCUGCAAGUCCGGAGUGAACCCGAAAUAUACACAUCUCUGUGCCGAGUCCGAGGUCUACGAAAAGGUUAAAACAAGCGGAGGGAACUCGUCAAAUGCCGAAAAUAAAGCGAGAACUCUUGCGAAAAGGGACUUUGUCAUGCUCAACAGCAAAACCGAGGAGGCCGCUCCACCAGUAAUACAACCUAGAAGUGAAACCCCGGCGGCUGAAGGAGGAGCGGCGGCACCUGCAGCCGAUGGAGCAGCAGCGCCAGCCGCCGCUCCAGCAGCCGAGGGAGGAGCAGCUCCACCUGCCGAAACAGCAGUCACUCCAACAGUCGCAGGAGCAGCACCAGGAGCCACUCCAGUGGCUGGAGAUGCCCCCGCUGCCGCACCAGCAGCUGGAGCGACAUCCGGUCCCGGAUCGCCAGGAGGGGAAGAAGCUCAUGUGGAAGGGCUACUGGAACCCAAGGAGACGCCUUUAGACAAGGCUGCUCUGGAGAGGAAGUUCGCCAGGUUCCUGGCGCUGUUGAAGCGGGCUGAGAUGUUUCAUGGUCGCCGAAAGAUCGUGGUCAUAUCCAGCAAUCAUGAGGUGGAAGAUGACCGCGUGCAGCAGGAAGGUGGACAAGCCGAGUCAACUACUAGCACCACGGAAAGAGCUAUCUCCGGACGCAGUGGAAUAAUGAGAAGGUCGAUAGGUAGUCACGUACGCGGUCGUAGUUCCAAUUGGGCUCCGAAAUGGAUAGCUGUACGUUGAAGGCCCAAAGUGCAAUUCUUAGUGCUCCUUAUUGAAUUAAAAUUGCUUCAAAGUAAA